AUGGUCAGCUCAGGCGAGUUUUGGCAGUUGCUCCUGGACGUGGCGCAUUUGCUCCUCUUCCUAUGUCUAGCACUGGCCCCAUGGCGCUUACUACAGUGCGUCUACUUUGCGUGCCGCCCUUCGCAGGUGUGGCGUGGCACCUUAGCACGUCAGCUGUCAAGCUUGCUGCUUGUGAAAGAGGCCAUGUUAAAAAUCUACCGUCGAGAACUGGAACCGUUGCUGAAUGCUGCCGCUAAGGAUCCACCUUUCAGGACUUCGGAAAAGCUUCGAGAGGUGGCCGCCAAGCUGCUUGGCCGGCUGCCCAUGCCGGGCAAAAACGGUGAGAUGGGACUGCUGUCAGAGCUACAAGCCUCAAACGAUGAAGUGGCUAUGGCUUUUGUGGAGAAAGUGAAAAAUUACUCCUUCUUGCAGAACGCUGUGUCCAGUUACUGGCCUGGCUUGACACUGGGUGCAAACCUACUAUUGCUCAAGAAGUCCUUCAACCCACAGGAGCAUGCGCUGUCUUUGGAAAAGAUCGCCAGUGCUCAAAGCCGCGCUGACGACUUGUUAUUGACCUUGGCAGCAGAAGUGCAGGCUGCCAGCGUUGAAUUCCACAGCCCCAACGAUGCCGGUCUUCUGAGCAGUGCAUGUCGAAAGCCGUUGUCCGAACAUAGGCGAUUGGUGCAGAUCUUUGCUUGUGAAGUUUUGAAGGACUAUGGAACUUUGCUGCUGGGCUUCCUGCUGCUGAUCUCCGUCUACCGCUUGCCCGCCGUUGUUGAAGGUCUACGCCAGGAACGACAAGCAGAUUUCGUGCAGCGGAUGAGGAUCGUGCUGGGCUGUCAGGUGAGACUCUUUAUGUGGGAUUUGUGGAUGCUCUUCACGGCGAUUUUAGCAAGUCUCUUAGCCAUCGUCACAUUGGUUCGCGCCCUGGAGUUCCUGCGGACAGCGUUCCUUCAUUGCGAAAGCCUCGAGGAUUUAAGGAGAGAGGCAUGGGAUGCAACCAAGGAUGCCCUCAACAGCAUUGGAGAGCUGUUUAUCCUCUUGACUUUCUGGGACAGCUACAAGACGCUUGUGUAUGCGAGCAUCUUCGCUGUGUUGCUGCCUGCGUGGGGCCUAACCCUGCUGCCGAUUUGGAUGCGUAUUGUGCUGUGGUUAGCUUUGUGUUUCUUGCCUUUCCUUCUACCUUCGGCUUCGUACGCAUUGUGGACCUUCGCAGUGGUGGUGGCCAUGUUUUUUCUCAUCGCCCUCGUGAAAAAGGGUUCGGGGAGUGGUGGUGUACCUGCACACUUGAAAACAAUGCGAGUUUCAGGCAUGAAUGUUUUGGUGCUCCUUUCCAUCUUUGCGGAUGCAGCGCUAUUGUCCUCAUUGACGUACCUGGAACCAGUCCUGCAGAUGGAGCUAUGCUUCUACAUAGCGACAGGCAUCACUAUUGCUUGGUUGGUGGUCAUGUCGAUGCCUCAUGCGAUGUCUUCAGAUCAAAACUGUUUAAAGUCAGGGAAAUUUCAUGUGGCACUGCAACUCUUGCGGCGAUGUUUGUUACCUGCAGCCGUGGUCUUAUUGAUGCAGAUGGAUGGUGAAUUUUCUCGUGUGGCCUGCCUUCUGUUGGCGUUUCUGUCCUUCACAUCUGUGCUGGGGUUGGACCUGCUUUCGCAAGACCAUCUACCUGAUGCGAUUGGGCUGGACCUCGUUCAACCUCCUGCCUUCUUAGCGGGUCUCAUUUUCGUGCAGAUGGUCUUUACCGCAGCCCAGAAUAUGACCAGUAUGUGGCCACAAUGCGCUGCUGCAGUCUUGAUGCCUGCAUGGGUGAUGGUCUUUCAAUGUCUCGGUGGUAUUGGCGGGCCACUUUGGGUGCUGCCACUUCAAUUGGGGACAAGUACAGUGGUCCUUUGGUCGGCCUUGGUUCGAGCCAUGCCGGCAAUGUCCGCAGUAGGAGGCGCUGCAGUGGUGACACUAUGCGCAGUCAUUGCGAUGCUCCUCAGCGAGUGUCUGGCACAAAGAAGACGACGUGAAGCGAUGGAAAAGGCUGGCGUUGCCAAGGUCUUGCGCCAAAUCCUAGACAAGCUCACCAAGAAGGGUAUGCAGCUGGAAAAUCACCACACACCGCAAAUCUGCGAUACGCUGAGUCCGCAGUCAGUGGCGAAGGAACUCCAGGCCUUCGAGGAAUCCACACGGAUGGAAGGACUUAGCGUUUCCUUUCUGCAGAACCGAAAGGAAUGGCUGGCCACCUUGCGCAGAGGCCGGAACGACUACGAAGCUCGAAAAAAAUCAUGGGAAAU